AUGGAUGAUUCAAGCCUGUCCAGCGGUGUUGACGUAGACAAAGGCUUUGCCAUUGCCUUUGUUGUUCUUCUAUUUCUGUUCCUAAUUGUGAUGAUUUUUCGCUGUGCCAAGUUGGUGAAGAAUCCCUAUGAGGCCAGCUCCCCAACCACAGAACCAUCUCUGAGCUGA